AUGCAGGCUCAGAGUGGGGUGGAGCUGUCAGUGCUGGGCUCCUGGAGUUUACCCAAAGAGGGUCAGGAGGGCAUGGAGAGCUUCCUCAGAGACCUCAGCACCAUCUUCCCCCAGGAACGCUGGCUUCAGAUCAAUCGCGAGAUCGGCAAGACGGGCUUCACCUGCCAGGUCCUCAACAGGGAUCAGAAUGGAAGAGUAGUUCAACAGGAGGCUAAGAAGAAAAGUAAGAAGGUUGAGGAGGGUGAUGGAGAAGCUGGAGGUGAUGAAGAAGAGCAGCAGCAGCAGCAGCAGGAGGAUGAGGAGGAAAAAGAGGAGAAGGUGAUUUUCGUCCACUAUGAGCAGAGGAAGGUGAUGUUGUCACAGCUUCAUCCCAUCGAGAAUGGAGUUCCUGACCGCAAAACUGAUCGACCAUCGGAGCUCAGACAGAUGUUCCAGACAGUGGCCCACAGCAAGCCUCUCUUCUUCUUGGACAAAUAUGACGAUGGGCCGCUGAAGUCGACACACUGGCAGUCUGAAGGUCGAGAGGCCAGCAUCAUCGUGGAGCUGCUCAAACAGGCGUCCCUGCCGCUCUGCAUGCUCAUCAGCUGGCUGCUCUCCAUAUGGACCUGGAUCUGUAACAUCCG